CUCCGUUUCUCUCUCUCUCUUUCUCUCUCUGCGUCACUUGCUCAGAUUCGGUUGGCUUCGCGUUGUUCCGUAUGCGAGCUGAUGCGAGCCACCGCGGGCCGUUUGUUCUCGAACGGCGUUAUUUAACAACAAAUUGCGACGGGAUUGUUUAAACUGAGGGUGCGAGCAUGGGUCGCUACAGAAGUCGUAGCCGCGACAGGGACAGGCGACGGAGAUCUCGCACUCGCUCACGGAGUAGGUCGCCGCGCGACAGGAGGAGCUGGGGCGGCAGCGGUGGACGCGACAGGCCCUCCAGCAGUCGCAACAGUCGCGGCCAGCCGGGUGCGAAUCUGAGGAAACCGCGAUGGGACCUCAGUCGGCUGGAACCCUUCAAGAAGGACUUUUAUAUUCCUCACGAUGCGGUACAGAACCGAGAUCCGCGUGUCGUGGAACAGUACAGGAUCGAAAAAGAGAUCACUCUCAGAGGCAAGAACAUCCCGAAUCCUGUUUUUGACUUUGAUGAAGCGGGUUUCCCAGACUAUGUCCUCAGAGAGAUCAAAAGACAAGGUUUCAGUGAACCCACAUCGAUUCAAGCGCAAGGAUGGCCUAUCGCGUUAAGCGGACGGGAUAUGGUGGGCAUUGCAUCCACAGGCUCUGGAAAAACAUUGUCUUAUAUACUGCCUGCUUUGAUUCACAUCAAUAGCCAGCCAAAAUUGAGCCGCAAGGAUGGACCUAUCGCAUUAGUAUUGGCGCCUACGCGAGAGCUCGCCCAACAGAUUCAACAGGUCGCUGAUGAUUUUGGACAUUCGUCGGCCAUCAGAAAUACUUGCCUGUAUGGUGGAGCGCCGAAAGGCGCUCAAGCUAGAGAUCUGGACGGCGGUGUAGAAAUAGUCAUCGCUACACCCGGUAGAUUAUUGGAUUUUCUCGAGUCCGGAAAGACGAAUCUGAAAAGAUGUACAUAUUUGGUAUUAGACGAAGCUGAUCGAAUGUUGGACAUGGGAUUUGAACCGCAAAUCAGAAAGAUUAUAGAACAAAUUAGACCGGAUAGGCAGACGUUGAUGUGGUCAGCCACCUGGCCUAAGGAAGUAAAAAAUUUAGCCGAAGACUUUCUUAAAGAUUAUGCUCAAAUCAAUGUUGGUUCUUUGCAACUUUCAGCAAAUCAUAAUAUAUUGCAAAUAAUUGAUGUGUGUCAAGAGUAUGAAAAAGAAACUAAAUUAAGUACUCUAUUGAAGGAGAUAAUGGCAGAGAGUGAAAAUAAAACCAUAGUGUUUAUCGAAACCAAGCGUAGAGUGGACGAGAUAACAAGGAAAAUGAAACGCGACGGUUGGCCAGCGGUUUGCAUUCAUGGCGACAAGACACAGCAAGAACGAGAUUGGGUUUUACAAGAUUUCAGAACAGGCAAAGCACCGAUCCUUGUUGCUACAGAUGUGGCUGCACGCGGUCUUGACGUUGAAGACGUCAAGUUUGUCAUCAAUUUUGACUACCCCUCCUGUUCCGAGGAUUAUGUCCAUCGUAUCGGUCGUACCGGGCGCCGUCAGAAAACCGGCACGGCGUACACCUUCUUCACGCCUAACAACGCUAACAAGGCUAACGAUCUGAUACAAGUACUCAAGGAAGCAAAUCAAGUGAUAAAUCCGAAACUACUGGAGCUUGUCGACAGUAAAGCUGGCGGCUAUGGAAGGAACAGAGGUGGAAGAAAUCGAUGGCGGUCACGAGGCGUCGCCGGUGGAGGUGGUGGCGGUCGUAAUGGAAAAGAACGCAGCUACUCGCGAAGCAGAAGUCGAAGCUAUAGCAGAGAACGCAACGGCCGCGGCAGUCGACGAAGCUAUAGUCGUAGCUACUCGCGAAGUCGUAGUCCCGUCAGCAAUCGUAACGAAGUUAUCGGCAAAAGUUAUUGGAGUAGCGAGAGAUGAUCUUCCAGCGACGGAUAAAGAAUAUGCAUGUUAAUGCAUAACGCAGGUAAUUUUUUUUCCUUUUUUUUAAUCUCCGAUAGAAACGAUGUGUUAUAACGAACUGUUUAUAGUUAUACUAUAACUAUUACUCAACGAGACAUUCGCGAAUUCGCGAGAAACGAUACCUUUAUGCCGAAUUCGGUGGAGCACAUCACAAUUAUUAUAAAUUAAAAUAUUGAUUAUGGUUAAUUACACAUUUCUUGAUUAUAUAAUAUUAUAUAUUAUCAAUUAUACAACUUUGUUUAUAAUACAUAAUUAUAAAUUUAUAACUUCUUAUGUAUAGCAAUUUUCAACCUGUAUCAAUGCACACCACGUGUACUCCGCCGAAUUUAGCUGCCAGAUUUUUGACAUGCGAUGUAAUAUUGUUUGCUGAUCACGUUUAUACGAAUUUCUAAUGUCAGCUUCAUCAAUAAUGCUGACCGUCGCUAUAUUAUGUAAGGCAAACUUUUAAAGCCGGGUCCACUCUCAAGGCUACUCGAACAGAGAUUUACUAUGUACUUGCUAGUGAUAGAAUGUGCUGUCAUAUCUUUUACUUCCUUUUGCAUCUUCAUGCUUCAUCUAAUUUCUUCCUUUUUCAAAUGUUGUCGAUAUACACCGGUCUAUAGAUUAGAUAGCGCAAAUCCAUUACGGCACAAAUUACUACUAUUUAUACGUUUUUAUAAUGCUAAUCCUCACGUUAAUCUCAUAAUCGCUCACCCGAUAGUAAGAGUGGGUGUUAGGCUGUGUGAGCGAAUGGUGUAUAAAUCUAAUUAUUAUGUGCGAAUUAAACUUCCAGUAUAUAACGGUACUCGAGUAGUACAUAUUUGUAGAUCGUAAUAAAUUAUAGAUGUCUAGCGCGCUUAUUUGUAAUUCGUCCGUCUAUAUUUAGGCAAUUAUGAUAAAUGAUAAUAACAUUCGAUGUACAGUAUUUCAACAACGUGAUAAAUAAAUUCAUAAAUGUCGACAUUA